CGAGAAUUCGCAUUCGCAUAGUCUUGCGGGCCCUCAACGAAUAUCAUAUCAGCAUGCGAAGUGGGAGUUGGGGAUUUUAAAACAAUAUGGCUGCACUUCUUCCUUCUUCCGAUUCCGCAGAUGCAGGAGUUCGUCUCAGCUCUGUAAGUCAGUGCCUUGUUUAACGCUGUCGAAGUCAGAUGCAUCCGAAUACUGAAACUGAUUUAUUUUUCAGCUGAGCCCGAAGUAUUUGCAUACGAAUUCGACAAGUCACACUUGGCCUUUCAGCGCCAUCGCGGAACUCAUCGGUGAGCUUAAGUUUUGUGGAUAUUCGGCGCGAAAUUGUUUUGUUUGGGUUUGUUGGAUUUAUCCCUGGUCUUGUUUUUUUUAGACAAUGCCUACGAUCCGGACGUAAAUGCCAGCCAGUUGUGGAUAGACGUAAAAAAAUAUAAUAAACAUCCCUACUGCUUAGUUUUCACUGACAACGGAGCCGGCAUGGGUCCCGAGAAACUACAUAAAAUGCUUAGGUAAGCUUAGAAUGUUUUCUUCCAGCUUCUCCAAAUUUAAAUAAUGGCUCUUCAUUCAGUUUUUAACUUUUGAAUGCUCACAUGCGGAUUUCUUCUUUAUUUUCUCAGCUUCGGGUUUUGCGAUAAGGUAAGAUCAAGAUUGAGAGUUUUGCCCUAAUUCGACGUUGCGUUACUUGGUGCAUUCUUUGCAAUCGUUUACAGUUUGACUUGACUUGUGUAAAUUUUGGCCGGGCGUAAUCAUCUUGUUAUUUAAAUAUGGUUAUAUUAUCAGGUGGCUAUGAAGGGACAGCAUAUGCCAGUCGGACACUAUGGCAAUGGAUUUAAGUCAGGAUCGAUGCGGCUUGGCCGAGAUGCAAUUGUUUUCACCAAAAACGGUGCUACGCAAAGCGUGGGGUUUCUCUCGCAAACCUACUUAGAAGCCACAAAAGCGGAGACAAUUGUAGUACCGAUAGUAACUUGGGAUUCAAAUGGAAAUAUCCUUUAAUAGAGAAUGGAAAGCUUAAAUUGAGAGUUCCGUAGAUAGUUGUAAAUGACGAUGGAAUCAAUUGUGAUCUGUUUGUUACUUCCGCCAUGUUGGUGUUCGCGCGAAACUCGAAUUUGGCGCCCUAUAUUAUUUUCGACGGAAGUGAUUAUUUUGUGCAGUUUAGAGCUACUUGGUGACUAGUGAGAGUGACGUGAUGCAAGAUUUCGAACCUGUUGUGGUUUUCCCUCUUUUAAAGGUGAACAAUACUUUUUUAAUUCUUUGAAAGAAAUCUAUUGCCAAAUAGUAAGUUCAAGGGUAAAUUGAAAGACUUAAAGAUGUUUUCCCACAGAUAUUUCACCCUAAAAUUAAAAAGAAAAAAUUUAAAUAUAAUUUAAAUAAAGAUUGUUGAUAUUAUCUAUUUGUAUAGAGAUGAAAUAGCAAAUAUGCAUGUCAUUGCUGCCCGCACAGGGCAGCUACCUAUAUUUGUCUUGAAAGCAUCUGAGAACUCAAUUUGUCGGGAAGUUUGUUUCCCUGUUUGUUAGCAGUUCCCAGUCCUUACCACGUAGCACCCUAUGCAGUGAAGUAAAAUGGCAGCCAAAAUUUUAUGUGAGAAUUUUGUGAGUACUUAGAAAGUGAAAGUCUGUGAUUCUUUCGGAACACGCUUCAAAAGGAAGCGGCAAUGAACUUGUUAUAGAGUUUCUUAGCAAUCUUGAAUCUGCAACCUCUUUGUUAGACAUUCGUAAGUGUUAUGUGUGAGGUUGAAGUCAAAAGUCAGAUGCGAGUGUGAGGGACAGUUUAAUAUUUUCUGCAACGUAGCCAGUAAGUUACUCAUUUGCUUGUCAUGUCAUUGUUGUAAAGUUAGGUACUUUAGGAAGGUAGUGAAUGUUAAGGCUCUAUUAAAGGGGAAGACAGUGUUCUUUCCUGUGUUUCUCAGGACUGUCGUUCCAUGAGCCCAGCCAGUUAUCAGCUGUGGAUCACGAACACAAUCUAUGAAAUCUUUUCACAAGGAGACAAUUUGUUUCAAAGCAUUGUAAACUAUCAACUCAGCAGAAUUGUUUUUAGCAGAUGACCUUUGGAGUAUGUUCACAACUUUUUCUAACGAGGUGAAUGGAACAACCAGGGGAACAAAAUGAAAUACGAUAAUAUUAUUGAGGUCAUAAUUUGCCCUGACAGUGAGGCGAAUGAAACAAACAAAUUGCGCACCAAGGUGUAUCUGUGUCUUAUUUAUUUUGAUAAAGUAUAUUUAUAUUUAUUUAUGAUAAAUUCCUUGACUUAUCAUAAAAAUUGAACCAAAGUCAGACAAGGAUAAGGCUCUUCAAGAUAUCCUGACAUACUCAAUUUUUAAAUACAAGGAGGAACUAUUAGCUGAGUUUGCAGGAAUUCAAAACCCCAGUGGUACCCGUAUCAUUAUAUUUAAUGUUCGAUCAACUCCUGAUGGCAAACCAGAGUUUGAUUUUAGCACAUCUGAUGACCUAAGAAUUCCGGAAGACACAGACUUGGCCAUUAGCAAACUGAAGAAGCAAGAGAGACAAAACCACAUCCCAGAGUCUGAUUACUCUUUACGGGUAAGUAAUUUAUUUAACAAUUAGCAAAUAUUGAAUAAGGUUCAUGAAUAUGAUGUGAAGAAUUAUGCAGCCUAUCCAGUAGCGUGUCCAGCAUCAGCAGAUAACACCCUCCAUGAUCUGUAGAAUUUUUCAGGUCAUACGAAAGCCAAAUCCAAAAGUUUUUAUUUUAUCAUUCAUUCAAAAUAAUUCUUACUUUAAAAACAUGCUUAUGUCGUUGGAUGUUAUUUCUUGUUGUCAUUUGCUUGUUCUUCUUCACAUCAAGUGUAAUAGUUUAGCUCUGAGAUUUUCCUCAAAUAGCAGUUGUCAUCUGUUGAGUUGUAUUUUUGCCUCAUCAACUGUAUUUUGUUUUCUAGGCUUAUUGUGCAAUUCUUUACUUGCGUCCCAGGAUGCAGAUUAUUUUGAGAGGUAAAAAAGUGCGCACCACAGUCAUAACAAAGAGUUUAAGUAAAACAGAAGUGGAUAACUAUCGGCCUUCAGCUGUAGUACGUGAAGCUAACACAAGCACACUGAGUCUUGGAUCUGUAUCCUAUUUGAUAUGUAUAUGAACUAAGGAUCAGUGCUGUCUUUUUUUAUUUAUUCAUCAUUAGUUUGUUUUAGCGAGCAAUUCAGUACAUGGACAUGAUUAUCCUUUUAGAGUAAAUUAUUUAUUUUUAUUUUGUUGUGAAGGUUUUCAGUGGCUGAUAUAUAUCAGCCUGUCAUUUAUACCACAAACUACUAUAGGUAAUUGGCUGAUUUUACUGCAGUAGCCAGUUAAAAAAGCCAGUUGCCAGAUGCUAAUGACAAUAGCCCUGAAGACCGGAUGUUUUCACUUUAAAGAGUAAGGCCUUGAUUUGAAGACUUCAUAUCCAAUGUCAGAGGUUGUUCUUGGGGAAGGAAUGUUCCAUCCUCACACUGUCCUUAUUCCUGGUUUUGAGGUUUUUGUAAACUUAACAUUUUCUCUCCAAGAAAAAGGUCUUCCUUGAUGAUGGAGGGUGAGUUAAUGACAAUAAUUAUAGGCCACCUCAGCUACGGUGAAUUAAGUAAUAAAGAGUUAAAAAGUCAAAUGGAGUAAAGUUGUUUUCUUAACAAAUCUGGUAACAUGACAGGUCAAUAAAGGAGUAAAAAUAACAUUUGGCUUCAGUCAGAACAAGAACCAUUAUGGAAUCAUGAUGUACCACAGAAACCGGCUUAUUAAACCAUAUGUGCGUGUGGGCUACCAGUUACGGGUGAGUAAACACCAUCUGUCACAUAUUCCUCGUCUUUAAUUAGAAUUUGAGUACAUUAGAUGUUACACAACAUUAACUUUAUUACAUAAAGUAUGAAUGCCACACCUGUAUUAAGAAGCCACUUGUCAAAGCUUUGGAAUUAGUUCCCUUGAUUGCUAUAAAACUGACCUCUAUUAGUCCUAAGCUUUCAUACCUCACAAAAUUGUACUUGGCAGAAAUGAAAGUCAUUGAUAUUAAAAGCAAAGUUUGGCUAUUUGUCAUAACUUUAUCAAGACAGAGUCAAAUUGAUUUGUUUCUAUAUUACUUACAAGUAAUCAGUGAUACUUUAUUAUUAUUAUUAUUAUUAUUAUUAUUACUAUUAUUAUUAUUUUAAUUAAAGUAUUACAGUGAAACCUCUAUUAAGCGGUCUUUGUCGGGACCUUCCCAAGUGUCCACUUAGUAGAGGGUGUCCGCGUGAUAGAGGUUGUAAAAAUUGCGCAGUGUUUAUUAACGAUCAAAAUUCAAUGGUUACUCUGUACUGUGAUAAAGUUGCAUGUUGUUAAAUAAGCUAUCCAGAGUUCAAGUUCAUUACCUUUCAUUGCCAAGUUUAAUUAGUUUGUAAAUGCAAAAACAUUAACAGACUUCAGUACGUAUUUCAAGGGCGUCAAUCCAAUACUGCUUUUGUCAAUUCAGUCCGGUGUCUUCUUAAUAGGGGUUUUUAACAAUUAAUAGAAAUUAGCCAAGUACAACUUAUUUUAGUGCCCUCAUCCACUUAAUGGAGGUGUCCACUGAAUAGGAGUUUUGGGACACGGCUUAGUGUCCGUGUAAAAGAGGGUGUUCGCUUAAUUGGGGGUCCGCUUAAUAGAAAUUUCACUGUAUAUAUUUUAGUUGAAAGUCAUUAGUGAUAUGUGUAUUUGUAAGUAUAAACAUAGUUAAAGGAAAUAGUUCUUUACAUUGACUGACACGUUUUUUUUUUCCUGUCAGGCUAAUAACUUUGGUGUUGGUGUAGUGGGUGUUAUUGAAUGUGAUUUUCUUCAACCAACUCAUAACAAACAGGACUUUGAUUACACCAAAGCAUACAGGUACUGUACUUGCCUACUACUUGUAGGCAUUUGUUGUAUGACAUGUUAAUUAAUCAAGGAUGGAUACGUACAAUACAUACAUGUGGUGGAGAUCCGAACGGUAACCAGAAGUUGCUUUACCACAUGCCUGAGAAUAUAAUGGAGAUGAACAGAGAAACUAGAAGAGAACAAAUUUUUAUCUGUGAACAUUAAUUUUGUCUAACCUAGCACUGGAAUUAAUGAGUGCAGUCAUUUAUCUUUGUGGUGACUGCAGGCCAUUGAAAGAGAAGCAGGGGUUUCAAUAACUGUUGAGGGAAAUAAGUAUCCAAAUAAGCUCAUGUAGGGGGUGGUUUGAGAUCAAUCUAGUAUGGAUUCAGUUGAUAUUCAGUGAAAGGAAGGAGUGAUUUGCAGCAGAGAACCCCCUGGAGCUCAAGCAGGUGCCAGGCCCUAAUUGUUCGAAAAGUGGAUGGUGUUAUUUAUCCGGUGGAUAACUUAUGCAAUUGGAUUUUGGAACACUUAUCUACUGGGUAGUGAUUUUUCUGGCGGAUAGCGCAAUCCAACUUUUCAACAACCGGGACCUGAUCUUUAUAUAUGAAAGCCUUGGAAAAUAUAUUCAUUUUGGAUGUUUACUAUGGUUGUUUUCUUUGUUAAGAUUUGUUUGAUCAUUUUCAAAUCCUGUGACAGCCAUUUGACCAAUGGCAGGGUUAAAUUAACGACUGUUUUGUCAAUCAAAUGACUAUAAAGGCCCUGUAAGUGUAAGAUUCUGGCAAGUGUCAUGGGCUUGAAACAGCAAUGUAAGACAGAUGUAAUGGAGACAAAAUAAUGACAUGAAGAUCGGUUGAAACUGACAAUCUCAAAUACAAUAUGUAAUUCUGAAAGCGACAUUUACAAAAUGACUGGUUUUGAAAUUCAGACUAGGGAAUUAUGGUCUCCCCACCCCUUCCCCAUCUCCUUAGAGUACCUCUUAACUAGACAAAGUAUGACAUGGGGCAUGUAAAUGUACAGGAAAGUUGUGACUUAGUCUCUUCAUGUUUUAUUAUAAAUCUACAGAGCUUGUAUUGCUGCUCUGGGUUCCAAGCUAAAUGAUUACUGGUAAGGUUACUAAAUUUGGUAAAUUUGUUGUCUAAUUUGUCGUUGAUUAAUUUGUUUUAAAAGAGAGUUCAUUCUCACUGAAAUUUGAUGUUUUAUUGCUUUAAUGUUUUGAAAUGAUAAUUGACAAUGACUUCCUGUUGUAUUUAUUUUUCUCGUAUGAAUUAGGAAUGAAAAGAAGGGUGUACAGCGUCCCAAUAGCAAAGAUCCCAUACCUGAGCCUGUGGAAGUUCAGUAAGUUACAAGCUUGAAAUGAUGAAUAUAUCAAUUUCAAAGAUACAUGACGCAAAGUUACAAGCAUGUUUGUUGCGCUUCUGUUUGCUUUGUUGCCGUCAUGAGAUCAUUACUUGUGUAAGGUGUACCCUCUGUUGAUUUUAAGUCUGCUUUUGUCUGUGGUUACAGAAGUUUUAUUGUUGUCCUCUAUUUUGUUCUUACUGUGCAUGCUUGGGCUGUGCAGUGUUCAAAGGAUAGUAUUCUACUAUGAGAAUCUUUAGAAAUGCGGUUAAAAUGAUAUUGUUUACCUUUCAAUAACAGUUUAGGGCCUCUGGGAAUAAUGCUACUUACCUAAAAUUUAAUGUGUGGAGUGUUGUUUAUGAGCCAGUUGGCUUGUAGAUUGUUACAGUGGAGUUUACCCUAAUGUAACGAAGUGCCUAGGGAUUGCAAGAAAAUCACUGCUUAUUACUGGGUUUGAGUGAGGCCAAACACCACAUCGAUUACAGUGAUCACUUUAUUCAGUACAAAACCAACUACUUAAGACGCGAGGAUGGCAACGGCAGUGAAAACGUCGCUGAAAAAGUGAAUUCAUGUUCUUUCAAUCUUCAUCACAGUUACUCCAAGUCACUAACUUUUUCAAAUGUUGGCAAACCAUCCUAAAGUUGAAUUCCUAAGAACCAUAUCCAAGUUCAGAAAGAGAGAGGAAAUCUUGUCGUCGCUUGUGUACUUCCUCUGUACAUUGUGAAAUUAGGCAUUGUCACGUUGUAGUCAUGCAGUGACGGCAAAGAAAUGUACAAAAAAGGGUAAAUGCACUUGCAAAAUAAUUGUUGUUUUGCUAAUUAAACCUAUUGCUUUUGUGGUGUUCCCAUUGUCGUCGCUUUUAUGAGAUCCUAAGGUCCCUAAUAACUUAAAUUGUAGAACAUCUUGUAAAUGGUUGCAAGUGUUUGGUUGUUUUUUUUGUGGGGCUGCAAUUACCACUGACGUUACAAACAAGAUUGAUAAGAAACUGGACAACUGUAGAAUACUCAUCAUCAAAAGUUUCUUAGUGCAACACUACGGAACAUUGAUGUUACAUUUAGGGCAGCCAUUGAUCCCUUAAUUAAUAAUGGCAGGGUAUAUAGUGAUCAAAGAUUCCAUGUUGAUUAAUGGGACAAAAAUCAAGGGUUAUUUGUACAAUGAAACCUCUAUUAAGCGGACCCCCAAUUAAGCAGACAACCUCUGUUAAGCAGAUUCUAAGGUGGGUCCCGGAUUAUUAACGUCUUAUAUUUCUCUUUAUAACAAACCCCUAUUCAGCAGACACCUCUAUUAAGCAGACGCGAACACUAAAAUAAGGUGUAUUUGGCUAAUUUCUAUUGUUGAAAACCUCUAUUAAGCAGACACCGGACUAAAUUGACAAUAGUAGUAUUGCUUCACGUCCUUGAAAUACAGACUGAAGUCAGUUAAUGUUUUUGCAUUUACAAACAAAUUAAAGUUUUUAAUGAAAGGUAAUGAACUUCAACUCCGGAUAGCUUCGUUAACAACAUGCAACUUAAUCACAGUACAGAGCAACUGUUGAAUGUUGAUCGUUAACAAACAUUGUGCAGUUUUUACAACCUCUAUUAAGCAGGUCACCCCCUAUCAAGCGGACACUUGGGAAGGUCCCAAAGGUGUCCGCUUAACAGAGGUUUCACUGUGUCUUCAUUUUUAGAAAACUCCCAGACCAGACAUGGGUGCAGUGUGACAAUCCUGACUGUCUUAAGUGGCGCAAGUUACCUGAUGGCACUGAUCCUGACAAACUGCCAGAUAAAUGGUAUUGUAAGGAUAAUCCCAAUCCCAACAUGAGAUCAUGUAAUAUUCCUGAAGAGAAGGAAGAGGAAAUUGAACAGCCAUAUGUUAAAACACAAAAGAAACGCUUGUGAGUACUUUUUCAAUGUAUUUUUUGAGGGGUGCAUACAAGUGUCAAUAGGAGGAGAAAAAGUGUUAUUAUUUAGUGAGCUCCAUACUCUUAACUAAAACGUUUUCGAUUACCAGACAGGAUGAGCAUGAAGAUGGCCAAAACAUAACACUAGAACCUCUUUUCCUUCAAUAGAUCCACAAAAGUCUUAAGGUAUAUUAGGGAAUAGGGGAAGGUGAAGUGGUCUGGAGGAAAGGAAGGGAGGAAGGAGACCACUAGCUUCUGUAGAGUUUUUUGGGUUUGAAAAUAUUAGCUUUUAAACUGCAUCCAAAGCCAGAGCUCGAUCAAACUAUCCAGGUUUCAAAAUGCACAACUUUGGGGUUUGUUUUUGGUGGGAAUUUAUUAUUAUGGAGCUCAGGCAGCCGCAUUUUUGAGUGAUGCUUUUCAGCCAGAAGUGAGCCUUUUUCUUGUGUAAUAUGUCUUGUUGCUACCAAAUUUGUAUAUUAUUGCUAAGUAUUUUUACUCUUUUAGAGAUGGUUUGCCCAAAUAUUUGUCUCAAAAUCACAGCUCAAGAGUUCAAAAAUUCCACGUCCAGCUUAUGUGUGUCACUAAUUAUCACUAAUCCUGAUUAUUUGACAUGCUGAGGUUAAUUUGGGUGGUCGAACCUGGAUUCCAGCUUAGACAGCUUUUAUUCGGUGGGGGUGGGAUUUUGUUUUAACGGAAAUUUUUGUAUCACCAUCUAGUCAACCUUGUCACUUUUAGUCUAGAUUACCUUCCCCUGGGACAAACGUUAGUUUAAACUGGCAACAGUAAUAUUAAGAAACAUUUUUAGUCAAACGAGAUUACAGUGUUUUUAUUGAGACUUUUACCUUUCUUGUGUACUUUGAAAGUUGGAUUUCUUAAAUUGAUUAAAGAUUAAAAUGAUAAUACCUUACCACAGGGAAAAAGAGAUGGAGGAUAGAAAACGUAGAGAACGGGUAAGAAGAAUAUUAAAUAUAAAAUCUAUUAUCUUGAACACUGAAAACUGCCUCCUCUCUUUUCCUUUUGAUGACUUGAUUAAUACUGGUAACACUGGUUUGUUUGAACAUUGCUUGAAAUGAUUGCCUUUGGAGUUAAUUUAUGCAAAAUUAAUAUUUUGUAAGCAGCAGCUCUUCUUUAAGUAUUUGUUUAUUAUUCUGUUGUUGUGCAAUCCAUGUACUAUAUACAUUUAAGAAAAAGAUAGGCAUUUAUUUUAAAAAGAACAUGUUUCAUUUAUCCUGAAAAGAAAAUGUUAACAUUUUGACUGUCAGAAUAGACUUUCAAAGUACAUGUCUAUUUGUUUUUUGUUGUGCUCAAGUUUCACCGUUUACAGAAAUGAAUAUUGCCAACAUAAAAAUGAGAAAUUAUUCUUUAAGUUUCAACCCUUGGUUGCAGUACCUAACAAACAAAUUAUGUUCAAAAAGGAAUGUUAUGACCAUUAGAAUUUUUUUAAGACUAUUGAGACAUACAUUAUUUUCAACUUACAGUUACACUUUGAUAAUAAAAGUUUGUUUUCAUUGCUUUUCUUUUUACCAGGAAGCCAAAUUAAAGCAAGAACAGGAGGUAGGGUUUAUGAGGUUUUUUGUGAUGUUAGACAACUAUGCCAUCCAUUAGAGAUUUCCACAAAUUAUGUACUUUAACUUCACUCCAACAUUAUUAUUUCUUUGAACCCUGUUACACCCUUUGGAAAAUGCCGCUCGUUUCUAAGUUUUCUUUUUAAUUCACUGGUUUCUCAGUGUUUGUUGUAGAUGAGACCUGCCUGCCUCCAGGACGUGUGUGGAGGGGGUUUCAGACACGACCCACACUGAAGUGUCCAAAAUUAAACUGUGAAACGUUUUUCUUGUACUUGUACAUGAUAAAUCUGUUUGCUAAAAAGUGAUUCUAAAUCACUCUUAAUAAUUAAUUAUUCAUUAAGACCUCCAAAACUACAAGUGAAAAUGUCACUAAUCUGAGUUGAUAUUGGUAUUAUCCGACUUGUUAUUUUCACUUUCUUUGGUCCAUGUUUUCAGGCAAAAAUGUUGCAGCAGCAGCAGCAAAAGGAGUUAGAGAAAAAAGAAGCAGAACUACAGAGGUAUAUGAUGUUUGAUUUCCAUCUGAUGUCAUUUUUCUUUACCUUCACUAAUUGAGUAUGGUCCAUAAUAAUAUUUUAUCCUUUAUUUAAACUACUCUGCUCCCACUUGUAUUUUCUUCCAUUUGGGGUUGUAUAUGUUAUGGUAUUUUGAUCAGCUAUAUUAAGUUUACUCAAUGAAAAAAAUAUUCAGAAUUAGAGUACUGGUAAUCCUCUUACUGUGCCAAAUUCUUUGCAUGUCAGGGAACCGAAAAAUAAUGGGAAAUUUGUCAGAUUUGUCUUUCACAUGGUUUGUUGUUUUAACAGAACACAUGAUGUUCUUUUUUGAUAGAGUCUCAGUGUUACUAAUCUCAACAAUCUUUUUCUUGUGUGUUUCUUAGGUUAAGACAGCAGCUGGCCGAAAUGGAAUCUAAUAAUGAAACAUCAAUUCUUCAAUCAAUUGAACAAAACAGUGCCAAACAACAACAAGCCAUCAGACAGGUUAGACUUUACAGAAAAUAACUUAUUAAAUUUAAAUACAGCAAGUGAAAUAUUUAGUCAACUUUUUGUUUUUGAUUUCGAUGCCCUUUUGAAGGGCUAUAAGCAUGGUUAGUUUUAAUGAUUGGCCUUAACCCUUCAAGUCCCAAUAGUGACCAACAUCAAUUUUCUCCUAAUGAUAUCCAUACAAUGUCAAGAGGUUAGGUUAUGAGAAUUAAUUAAGUGGUCACCAAGGAGAAAAUGCUUUGAUCUUUUCUCAGAUUCUCUCAACACAUUUUUAAAAAAGUGUAUAGAGAUCAGUUUGGAGAAUUUGCUUGUGGAUAUUGGAGCUUUAAGGGUUAAAUAAACCUGUUAUAAACCUUUACAGUACUUGCAUGUUAACUAACGUUUUUAUCAUGAGGAUAUGUGCGGCCUACAGCUGUAUAAUAAGCUGUAAAAGAGAAAAGUGCCAGGAAAAGCUAGGAAAAAUGCCCAGAAGUUGUCAGUAGAAAUUAAAUAUUUUUGUAACGUUUGACAUGAUCUCAGCACCCACACAAGUGUUAAGUAUGCAUACUUAGGCAGGUGAGAGUGCGUGGUUUUUUUGGUUGUUUUCAUAGGCAAUGUAGACAAAUAACAAUAACUUAAAAAUCUGCUCAUUAAAAUCUGAUGAAAUUUGGCAGAAAUCCUGUUCAUAUUACACUGCAGACAUUCAAAGCCUCAAAAGACAUUUUGAAAAAACACAUUUUGUGACACAAUCAGCUUUCUCAUGAAAGCUAUUUUCUUAAAAAAUUCAAUAGCUGUUUGUUACAACAAUUGUUCAAGUUUUUUAAAAAAAGAUGAGGGUUACUGAUAAAACUGCAAAGUUUUAGGGAAAUCUUAUGACUGGUUUUUGUUUAAAGCUAAUAAAUUCACAGUUUUAGGCUUCUUUUCAGUCAUCCAUGUUUCCAUGGCAAUGAUCAAAAUCUCACUCAUAACCUCAUAAGUUAAUGUCAUGCCAAAUUUGAGCUUGGAGUUGCAAUGAGUCCUAAAUUACUCCCCAUUGAAUGUUAACGAUCCCCAACUUAUCAAACUUUUCAGCAACAACAUGCAAACAGUUUUCAUCAGUCAUGGUAAUUUUAUGCCAAAGUGCUCAACUCCUAGAUUUAUGAACAUGUAUUAAAUGUUGAUUUAUUUGCAGUGUAUGUUGUAUCUCCCUCAUGAUUAGAAGUUGUAACAAAGGUUCCUUGGUAACUAAUGCUGAUUAUGUAACUAAAAAAAUGCAACAUUUGUUCAGCAACUUUCAAAUUACAGAUGGUAGGUGUCUAUUUCUGCUGGUGAAGUGAAUUCACUAACUACUCAAAGGUUGUAGGUUUAACAUCUCAUGCUGUGUCAUGAGUAAAGAUGUCCUGUUUUACUUUUUUUCCAGAAAAUUAAUACAAAAUCCAUCAACUGAAUCUAGUGGAGUUAACAGUGUCUUUUAUUAUUAUUAUUUUUUUGUAGCAGGUAAAGGGAGAACAGAAGUCACCUCAACCUCUCCGAAUAAAGGUACAUUCAGUUUCUGUAUUUACUGUUGCUGUAAUCAUCAAGGAUUUAUUUUCUGGCCAAAAGAGAAUUUUAUUUUUCUUUCAAAAACAAAGCAGGAAAUUCUGAGCAGGCAAGAUUACACUGUACAGGUUGGUAUAUAGGCCCCUGCUUGCAAACUUAUCAGAAUGUAGGAUUCUGUGAAUCUUGCCUGCUGCCAGAGCUGGCCCAUAUAGUUUUUUUUAUUUCAAAAUUAACUUUGUUUUGUGUAUGUUGUGGUUCAAUUUUAUCCUUGGUUGAAAAUGUAUUUUCUUUCGUUUUGGGCUUGGUAAUGUAUGAUAAUGAUUUUGAAACUAAAGAAAAUACAAUUUAAACCAAGGAUAAAAUUGAACCAGAACAUAUAUGCUGAUUUCAGUGAAAAAUUGCAUUAUUAACUUUUUGUUGUGUUUGUGAGAACAAAAAAGGGGACGUUGUACCACUCACUAGGACUUUGUCCCUUACUCUUUUCAGUGGGUUCCUACAGCUGACAUUUCCCUGUGAGUUCCUAACUUGUUUUUUCCUUCUGUUGAAGGUGGGGCCACCACAUUCAAGUGGUUUUAAGGUAAAUAUUGCUUAAGGAUUUUUCAGUUUAAUUUUUGUUUCUUUUGCACAUUAAAGUUGUGGAUUCCAUAUCCAGUUACUCCUAUUAACAACUGCUGAUAUCAGGGAAUACAUAGUUAGCAAAAUAAAAUUAUAAUGUACAGCUGUAAUAAAAAGCUAUUAUACAAUAUUGAGUAACAGAAGUACAUGCUCGAUAACCUUUUUUGGGAAAUGCACAUUUUGAAAGUUGUCAUUAACAUUGUAAUUGAGUGUUUUUUAUCCCCAAGAAGCUGGAACCAUUGUGAGAGAAUUCACUAAAAUAUGUGGAGCAGUAUUAAUUAAAAUUAUUUUCUUUUAUCCAUUGAAGUCAACUCCUGGAAGACCACUCUCGCAGGCAUCUCCACUUCGUACCACCAUGGUGACGUCCCAAACAUCAAAUUCACCAGCAAUUUUAACACCAAACAGAACACAACCACAGCAGCAACAGCAACAACAACAACAACCAGCUAUCAAGGUUGUUAAGGUAUUUUCCUCCCGUCCUCCUCCAUCAAGCCAGGCCCCAACUACUGGAAACAAACCACUGGUCCAGAUAGUUCCGAGUCCCCAUGGAAACAUCCUACAGCAGAACAACACAGACACGACAACGCCCAAGGUAGUAUCUGUACAGUCAUUACAGUCGCCUGCAGCAGGCAAGACACGACUAGAUCAAUCUGGCCAAGUUACAGUUCAAAAAUUAGUGUUAUCAUCAGGUCAUAAAAUUCAUCUUCAAACACCAAUUUCUCAGCAUGUAACUCCUGUGUCUACCAACUCACCAAAAUACCAGUUUAAAACUGUACCAAUUCAACUGACACAGCCAGUGCAGCUACCGACAACUCCUGCUGUAAGCACACAAAAUCAGCUCCCUAUGCAGCACGUUAGUACACCACUAACAUCACCUGCUGUGCCGAGCAGUUACAAACCAUUAGAGUCAUUAAAAGAAGUCAACAGACAAGCGACACAGGCAUCAGCAGUAACAUCGCCAGUGUCGGCUGUCAUCCCAGAGGUUACUUCUGCCACAAGAAAGUCACCCACUGACAUCAGGAAUCAAGUAACUGUUAGUGAUAGAUAUCGAUACAUUGCUCCGUCACCUCAGACAUCAGCAGGGGCAGCUGUAGCCGUAGCUGGUUCCACUACCCCAACGUCUGUACUGCCACCCCAGCAACAUGUUCAGACUUCACCUGUCAAGUCAACUGCACCUGUCGCGGUGCAGUCUAUUAAUCCAGCACCCUCACAAGUAUUGCAGGUAUUAAAAAUUACAAUCACCAGCCAAGAUUCAACCACUUUUGUAAUAUACUAUUUAAGUUAAAUGUCGGAAGGAGACGAGAAUAUUCCCUCUACUGUAUGCACUGCACAUGAUUUUAAGAUAAGUUGCUGUGGUGCAUUGCUUAAUGAAGGGUGCAAUUUUCAAACUUCUCAUUAAAUCAAGCCUGAAAACUUUCAGUGUAUUGUGUUGGGUUCUCUUGGUGGAAGUGGAAUUUGUUCUCCAUAUUCAAGGACAAUCCGUGAUCGUUCUUUAGCUCAAGCGCCUUGUAGUCCAUAAGGGCAGCUCUUUUGAUAUACAUAUUGUUUUGUUACUGUAGGUGCUGCAGAUUAAACAGGAACCAAAGCCUUCGGUUCCUGUUCCACCUUUACAGCAAACACCUUCAAAUAUUCAGAUCACCCAAGUGCAUUCUGGGUCAUCAGCAGUAGCGGCAUCAACAGUAGCACCAGUUAACGUGAAGAUGGAGAAAGUUGACACGUGAGUUAGAACUUAACAACAUAAGCUUUUCCUGAUUAACAUCCAAAUUAGGUCACCUAGUAACUGGUAACAGGACAAAGCAGGUAGAUGACAGAGGAAGAGUUUUUCUCCGGUGUAAUUACUGUAUUCCAAAGACGAAUGAACUUUAUUUAUCAGCAAUGACUUGGGGAGUUUAGUUACAAGUGUCCGUUUAAUACAGGUUGGCAACAAUAGAAAUGACCAUUUCAGGUACUUUUUAGGUGUCCGCAUCUGCUUAAUAAAGGUUUCAUUUAGAGUAAAUAAGGGAAAUAAAUUUGGUGACUUCGGCAUCGGCUACUGUCCGCUUAAUAAGGGGUGUCCGCUUAAUACAGGUUUCACUGUAUGUUGUAUGGUAUUGUAACUAAGCUGUGUGGUAUUGUUUUCAGGCCUCUUGUAAAUGGAAUCAAGAGAAUACGUAAUGACAAUGAUGACGUCAUUGAGCAACCGCCUAAACAGAAACCCCGGGUAGAGAAGGAAGUUAUCAUUAUCGACGAUCCAACCCCUCCCCCUCCCCCAGAGGAAGAAAAAGUCGAACCGGAAGUAAACCGUGAGCUUGCUGUAGACGGUGUUGACAAAGACUUGAUAAUUAAACUAAGAAAAUUGAGCCCAGAAGAACAGUGGAUCAAACUUGCAAAAUCCGCACAACAGUUAAGAUAUUUACGGGAUAAUGUGUGCAAACUGUUGCGAGUUCUUGUACCGGAAAUAGACCUCGGAGACAGAACGGAAAUACUUGACAACACAACUGUGGAUGAUCUCUUAAAGCAGGUUUUGGAGGCCAAUAUACAGCCGCCCAGUUCAACAAACUCGUGAUCAGUGGCACUUCAACGUCUUCAUCGACUGCUUUUUAACCUCGUUUCUCCUACCACGUUUUUUGAUGGAUCCACCACUCUUGCGCCUAAUAGGAAUGUUUGAUUGAUGAUUCAUGUCCGUGGGAUAACUUUGCAACACUUCUGUCAAGGAAUUUGUUUCUCUUCCGUUUUUAAAGUAUAAUGAUAUCGUGAGGCUCGGGGAAAGAUGCCUGAAAAACCUUGCUAUAAUAAACAUGGCUCACACGAGAUACAAAUAACAUUUUAAAAAUAUCAGUGGAGUGAUUUUAUAUUUACUAGUCGUUAUUUUCAAUGAUUUAUAUAUUCGCGCUAGCUUUCAACAGAAAUAUUCUCGGUUGAUUUUGUAAAUAUAAACUCUUCCAAAAAGGUUUUUAAAAACACU